GCUCAUUUGAAUUUUCGCAUUUAGCACUGCCCGGUUGAAAGAGAAGGGGGGAGUAUUGCAGACUAUACACACCCUUGAGGAACUACAGCAGAGUCCAGUUGCUAGUCUGUGUACGAGCUAGAGGAGGAAAAAAUAAGAUGCACCUGGUUCUCAAACGCAUAUCGCAUUUAGCUAAUCUCUGUAGAGAGCCUACUGCUCGCGGUUAAAAGGAUGUUGGUUUGUCCUUCUGGCACCUCACCGACGUGAUGAGUGUUUUUCUCGAUUUUUUUUCUUUAAGGACACAUGAUGCUGCCGACUGUGGGAGCUGGUUUAUUUUCAAACCCUCCCAUCUCAGUAGUAUCCUGCUUUACUGCUCCGCUUCAGUGCUCUUAGCUUCUUUAAGAGGUGUGCUCGCUAGCAGCCUGCGAUUCUGUGCCAGUUCUUAUUUAAACAAAUUUAAAUCCGUUUUUGUGGUGGAUUAACUAAAUAAAACACCGUUCCACGAGUAAGAGGAGAGUAUCCGAAUGAUUUGUUUGGGAAUGUACUCUUGAGGACCACUUCAAUCAGGAGGACUCAGCAUAUGGAUUGGGAAUUUGUAUUUUAAACCAAGGCGUUUAAUCGGAUCCCUGUUUUUACAAAUCAUAUCAGCAGUGCAAGACAAUACACUUUCCUUUUCUUGUGGAUACUGGCAUUGAAAGUCUUAUCAAGAUCCAUUUUAAACGGGGUAUUUUUAUUUUUUUUAAUCUAACAUCUUUAUUUAUGGAUUAUUUACAUUCAUGCCAAUAUUAUAAACAGAUCAUUUAGCAGGAAGCAGAAACACAGGAACUAUGUGUGUGUAGCACUGGUUGUUUGCAACCUACCUGUAUGUGUUCGGACUGUGGAGGAAACUGGGUCGAGCAGAGGAAACCCAGCAGACACAUGGAGAACAAACACCAGAUAUACUGCAUAGCACCACAAGUCCAGAAUUGAACCCAACACACAGAGGCAGCAAUGGGAGGCAUGCCCCAGACGCUGAGCUCUACAAGUAUGUUCACUCCCAGUGGCUUCAGCCCCCAUCUGCAGCCUACGAAAGAGCCUGAGCAAGAAGGCCUCAGCCUGCAGGACGGCACCCUCAACUCAGCUUCUCUGGACACUCUCAUUCAGCACCUGGUCCCCACCACUGAGUAUUACCCUGAGAAAGCCUAUAUCUUUACCUUCUUGCUGAGCUCUCGCCUCUUCAUCGAACCCCAUGACCUGCUUUCCAGAGUCUGCCAGAUGUGUAUCGAACAGCAACAUCUGGAUGACCCUGUGCUUGAUAAGGCAAAAGUCCGCAAGUUUGGGCCAAAGAUACUGCAAUUGUUGACAGAGUGGACAGAAACAUUUCCCUCUGACUUCAGAGAGGAACAGAUGGUGGGGCACUUGAAGGACAUAAUCCAUAGGAUAGCUCCCUGUGAUGAGGCAUACUGGAAGAAGAUGAACCAGCUUCUUCAGAACCUAAAUCAGAAGCUGACCACUCUGAACCAGGGUGAAGAGAGCAUUGUCAAAGUUAAUGCCUCAGUCUCUGACAAGCUGGUGGCUUUCAAAACUAAACCAGCCCCCAUUCAAAGGGAUAUCCUGAGCAUCUGUAAUGACCCCUACACCCUCGCACAACAACUCACUCAUGUGGAACUGGAACGACUGAGCCACAUUGGUCCAGAGGAAUUUGUUCAGGCAUUUGUACAUAAAGAUCCUCUGGAUGGCACAAAGCCAUGUUUUAGUGAACAAAAGAAAACCAGCAACCUAGAAGCCUAUGUGAAGUGGUUCAACAGGCUCUGUUAUCUUGUAGCCACAGAUAUCUGCAUGCCAGCAAAGAAGAAGCAGAGAGCACAAGUAAUUGAGUUCUUCAUCGACGUGGCUCGCGAGUGUUUUAACAUUGGCAACUUCAACUCACUUAUGGCCAUCAUCUCUGGCAUGAAUAUGAGUCCAGUAUCACGGCUGAAGAAAACCUGGGGAAAAGUUAAAACUGCAAAAUUUUUCAUUUUGGAGCAUCAAAUGGAUCCUACAGGAAACUUCUACAAUUACAGGACUGCUCUGCGAGGAGCAGCGCAUAGAUCACAGACUGCAAACAGCAACAGGGAGAAGAUUGUUAUUCCAUUUUUCAGCUUGCUAAUUAAAGACAUUUAUUUUCUGAAUGAAGGAUGUGCAAACCGUCUACCUAAUGGACAUGUUAAUUUUGAGAAAUUCCUGGAACUGGCUAAGCAGGUGGGAGAGUUCAUGACCUGGAAGCAGGUGGAGUGUCCUUUUGAACAGGAUAGAAACAUCAUCCACUACCUGCAUAAUGCUCCUAUUUUCAACGAGGAUGGCCUUUACCUGGCAUCCUAUGAAAGUGAAAGCCCAGAAAACCAAGUAGAAAAAGACAGGUGGAAAUCUCUCAGAUCAACAAUCCUGGGCAAGACAUGAGAACAACACUGCAGAAAAUUCUUGAAGAAAAGUAUAUGUUCUUUGCACUAAACAGACUGUGAAGGAACCUAGCUGGUACUUAGGUACUUGUAUUAUAAGUAUGAUGAACAGGAUUCAUCAUGCCACCAAACAAGGAAAAAUGUACAGAGCUGUACAGUACAAGAAAAUACUAAGGAUUUGAGAUGCCCUUACAAAGUGUUAGAAUGUUUUUGCUCUUUGUUCUAAAUCUUGAACUGGGACCAGACUUAUCAGAUGUAUAUAUAGUGAACUUUUUCAUUGCUGUUGUUGCUCUUGCUGUUGUUUAUAUUCAUCAUCUUUGAAAUGUGCUGAUUUACCUUGCAAAAGCAAUCAUUUGCUUUUAGUUUUUUUUCUCCCCUAGAUGAUGGUGUGAGUCUUGUUAAUGUACUAUACAUUAUUGACUAACUUUGAUAGUUGGGGUGCUAUUUUGCCCUUUCUGUGGGCCUGGGCACCAAACUGCCCUUCUGAAACAGAGUCUUGAAUCUAAACUGUGAAAGCACCCCCAUUCUCACUGUAGCCAGACAUUCUGUAAACAAUUCACUUGUCUGCUGAAAAAGCCCUCCAAUAAUAAGGAUUUAUAAUUAAUAAUCUAUAAUGAACUGUAUUAAACCAUUGUGUGCUCAAAAUUCCUAUACCAUUUACUACUGCUGUACUACAAGCUUAAUCUUGGAAAACAUUUUAGGGCUGCUCUAUGUUAAACUAUGAUCUAGUAAACUACAAUAAUUACUACUACAGAGUAUGUUGCCUUGCAAAAAAGGUAGAGAAUAUCUCUAAAUAGCAGGUUUGACCUUCACCAGUAGCAAUUAUAGAACCCACUUAAUGUUCUGAGAAACAAAAAUCUUAUAAAAUGUAUUACCAUGUUUUGCCUGAGAGCAACUUUGAGGUCACUUUGAACAGCACCACCUUCUUUUCCCAUUAAUUUCUUGGGAAACAGCCUUAACAAAUCAUUUCAGAUACUGUUUAGGCCAACAUACAUCAUGUGGCAAACAUUAAUAUUAUAGCAGGAACAAAUAAUAGAAGCAUGUAAUUCAGAGAAACAAAAACUCACCUCAAGAAAACAAGUAAAUGCAGGUGAUGUAGCCAGCUUCAAAAUAAUCAGGAUUUGAUUUAGUGUAAUCCAGAACAUCAUGUUGCAUUAUUUUAAUUUGUAUUUUAGUUUCCUCCUUUUUUAUUGUUUCUAUCAUCUGAUAAGUGUAUCUUCCAUUUCAAAUCCCUAUCAUUUGAUCCAAAAAAAUGGCCCCAAAGUUAGAUGAGCCAUGCUACUCUCUGCUGUGGUUUUGGGUCACCUGCUUCUCAUGUGAUACUCUUCACUCUUCACAAGAUCCAUUUAUGGAGAGUAAACUAUUAGUGUCAGGUCCUCCAUUGGGAAAAAGAGAGAAGUUACUGAAACAGGAGCACUUCCAAUCAUGGGAAGAUUCUAAUAGACUGAUAUUCAGUUGUGUGCUCUAUCUUUGAGAAUUCUGUAAUACACAGAUGUACUUUUAAAAAUAUUUUAGCACUCUUGUAGCAUGCUGAGAGAUAUGGGCAUUGUACUUUUCUAGUGUAACACUGAAGAUGAAAGAUCUCUCCCAGGUAGCUGUGUUUUAGUAAUGGUUUUUAACAUUUGGGUAAAUGUGAAUGGCUCUCCUUCCUUAAGAACAUUUAUAAGAGCUAGUUGAUGGAAACAAGGUGAUAUCAUUAAAAAGCAUGUAAAAGACUUUCUUCUCAAAAGAAUUUGCAUAAUAUAUAUACAACAUAUGUUCAUUUGUGCUGGAAACAAAAAAUGUUUUGAAAUGAUUCUUGGACACAGUUUGCUGUGACCUCUAAUGUCCUCUGCACUUGAACUUUAUUGUUGCUACUGUAUGGAUGAUUGCUGAGCUGUAUUAAUUUUAUUUUGGUGUAUUUGAAAUCUUGUGGAAAGGGAACAACGUGUUUAUUUUUAAAAAAGAAAAAUGUGUUUUUGUUAAAUUUGCCAUUGUAAGAAUGCAGCACAAGAGUGGUGUUUGUCUGUCAUACUUACUUCAUCUUAAGUAUUAUUACAUUUCUUUUGUAAUUGAAUCAUUGAGGAUUAUGUUAUUAAUUUUUAAAGCUGUAAUUAUUAACUAGCCUUUAGUUAUUUCUUGCUGUGGGGGAUGUGGGUAAAAAAAGAAGACACGACAUUGUGCAGACAUUUGUCUUGCACAGUAUAAAUACUGCAAACCAUUUUGUGCAUAUCUACUGUAGGUCUUUUGUGUUUUUGACUUUUGAAAGUUAUCUAUAAUAGUUUAACCCAGUAGUUCCCAACACGCAGGAACACCCACAUCUGUGAGUUUUCUCUCCAGAUGAGAUCAGAAAUUUGGAAAGGUGGAAACAUAUUUACAAAUAUGCCCCAAAUGGAAAACAGAAAUCUAUUAGUUUGUGACCAAGAACUCAAGCUGGAGAAUUAACAAUACCAUAUAGUGUUACUCCUGAAUAUGGUUUGAAAACCACUGGGUGUCAGAGGUUGUUGGCUGAUGUAGUAGAUUAGAAGAUAUGCAUACAGCAGAGUCCCAGAUGGGCAUUUUUAAAAUGUUGCUGUAUUAAAGAGAGAAGAACAAUGCAACCUUUUUAUCUAUGUAAAAAGGAUGUUGAUCAGAAACCUUGUCUCAUUAAUCAAUUAAAAAGCUUUGCUUCAGAACACAAAAACUCAGAUUCCCAAUUUCACUGUGUUGCUCUACAGCUCACAAUUAUUGCACAUCAUCCUUAUGAAGUUAAAAAUGGUUAACCUUUGCAUUUGUACAGUCAGAGUAUCCUGUCAACAUCCUUCUUACAGAGGUGGCACCCAACUCUACCAGACUGAAAUAAAUGAAAUUCCUCAUUAGUUGUUCAAGUCAACAAUUUUCCUGGAAUGCAAACAACAGAAAAUGCGGCAUUUGUAGAAAAGUGAUUACAAGAUUGUUAACUUUGAGAGAUAGCAUUCAUUAUGAUGUUUACAGAAGAUGUGUCUGGCUUUUUUUUUUUUUGUGUGUUGUUUUUUCUUGUUUUGUUUUCUGUCUUGAUUGGAAGACUACAGCAAUCCUCUUUCCUUUCCUCUCAAGUGUUUACUAGGAGAUCUGUGUAAAGGUGUGAGGUGGUAGACAGUGGUGGUAGUUGUGAUGUGGAACACAGGGCUAAAUACAGGGUCUUUACUUCUUUUCUAAAUUACAGCCAUAAACAUUUUUUCUUUUGUAAAUCUGCCUAACAUAUCUAAGAUGACAUACUAUAUCUGUAUCAGUGAAAGAAUAAUGUUUCAGGAUGAAAGCUGCACAAAUAUGACUAUGUGGACAUAGCUAUCCCCUUACACCAAUAUUCAUGUGAGCAUUUUUUAUACUUAUAGGAUAAUAAGUUGAGUAUUAUACUAAUCAGUUUAUCUCUCUGGAACAAAACAUGAAAUUAGUUGUUUCUUAGGUGUUGUUUGACUCCCAUCCCAGUUUUAUAAUAACAGGCACCAGUUGUCUUUCACUUACUGUAGAGGCAUUUAACAACCAACCAUUGGGUGUAAAAAGACAGAGGAAAAUCUGAAAAUGUUUUUAAUAUCCAUGGCUUAUGGGAACAAUGAUUUCUUUAUCGAAAAAACACAGGCUAAUCUGAUCUGAGCUGAGGGGCAGAGGAAGUUGGAAUGUGCCUGGGUAUGAUGGUGCAUGUAUGAUUAUGCAUGUGAGUGUGAUUAUGUGAGUGUGCAGCAUGCAUCUGGCAGUGAUACUCACAUGGUGCCUGCUGUUUGUACCUGUGCUUUCCUUAUGUGUGGCACCUCUAGUUGCCCUGCUACAGGUCCUAAACUGAACCUAAACUGUACUCUGGUCACAAGCUAAGUAACCUCUUGCCUCCUUUUGACCUUAAAUUAAGAAUUUUGAAUGAUAACAGAUUAGCUGCUAUUUGAAUUUUUUAUUGGACUCUCUCGUUUUUUAACUUACAGGAAAGGCCUAACAUCAAAAACUCUUUCUAAAAUGAAAACUCUAGAGACUUUAAGGUUAUUCUGUAAUCAAAUCUGAGUUCUCUGUUUAUUACUCACAAACUACACAAUCCAAAGAGAUUUUAAGAUUUCUAUGGUGAGUCACAUAUACUGUAUAGGGUGUAUAAAGGAGAAUAGGUACGUAAUAGAAAACCUAAUUCCAUAUAGGAAAUUUUAGUGCUUCACUGUCUUUGAUUUUCUAAACCAUUAUUUAACCAGAUAUGUCUAUUGAAAACAAAUUUUAAUUAUACUGAUAAUCAACAGAAUGCUCAUCUAUACAGCAGAGCUCUUACUGGGCCAAUGUGAAUAAAGUACUUUGAUCAAAAGUACAGCAGCAUCACACACAGGAUCUGAACCCAAGACCUCAAGUCUAGAGUCCUAACAACUCCUCCAUGCUACUGCCACUCCAUAAUGUUAAUAAAGAAUUAAUUCAUGUAGAUGCAUAAUCAAUACAUGGUUAUCCCUAUUCACAAAGAAUGAACAUAUUUUGUUGCUUGCUCUGCAAUUUUGAAAUUUAUUUUUUAUUAGCUUGAUAAACUGUAUUUUCCAGUUGGUAGACCAUUGGUUUUGGUUUAGGGUACAGAUCAUCUCAUAUUUAAGUGCCCUGGUGGCACUAUGACAUUGAAAAAGUCUGUUGUCCAUAAAAAUAGAUAAACUAUUUGAACAAAACAUAGAAAUGUGUCCAUAGUAUUGUUGUUGUUUUUUAAAUAUUUUAAGGGAACAUUUCACAAGAAAAAAUGGUCCCUGAUGCUUUGUGAAUAGGUACUGCUGUGAUGUUUGUGUGACUGUAUUGUUUUUUUGUAUAUUUUUUUAGUUCAUUUGCUUCUUAUUUAGACCCCAAUCCAUCCCGGACAAUUCCUGCCUCUGCUGUUAUCUUUCAACACUGCUUCAACUGAUGUUUUCGUGUUUAUAAUUUGUAUAUUGACUGUGUAAUUUAUACUGUGUUUUAACAGUUUGCCUGAGAUGUCACUAAUUUAUAAUUACUUUUUUGUAAAGUGAGUGCUCAAAAUUGUCUAUGAAAUAAAAUACAAAUUGAAACCCUG